AUGUCUCGCCGCUUCGAUGAAAUGCUCUUUCUGGAUUAUGCCUCACGGCAUUGGGCAAGACAUCUCAAAGAAAUAGAAGGUGUGGAGGAAGAUCUAGAGCAACUUGUUCAGGUUUUCAUUUGCAAUGAGAGGCUCCUGAAUGCCGCUGCUCAAGCGUUACACUUCCGCAGUGAACUGGAAACUGACCUCCUGGACUCCCUUUUUGAUUCAAUCCCUCAAAAUCAAACACCAUUGCAUGUCGCAGCUUAUUGGAAUCUUACGGGAACACUCAGGACACUGGUCGAGUCAGGGCUCAGCACAUCUCUAGUAGAUACUCACGGCUGGACACCUCUCCACUACUCCUGUGCAAACAGUCAUUUUUCAUCGGCCGAAGUUCUUGUGAGAAGUGGAGCGAAUGUCGAUGUCACAGACAAUCAAGGAUGGACCCCUCUUUUCUGGGCGUCAUUCACUGGAAGUUUGGACAUUGUUCGUCUUCUAUUAUCCGAACACGCAAAAUAUACGAAGCGUAGCAAAUAUGGUUGGACAGCAUUACACUGGGCUAUAUCACGCGGUCAAACCGAGGUGGUUUUGGAGCUUGUGCGGCAUCAUCAAACACAGUUGUCGCGCGUUACCAAGGCUGAUAUCCGGACCCUCAGCGUCGAUGACGUGAGACAAUUGAACACACCAGAGAAUAUUUCACCGAUGCAAAUAGCAGCCGAGAGCAAGAAUGCUUUGAUAUUCGACUUGCUUGUGGCUCACUUUCAAGAGACGGGCGGAGAGAAAGAUUUCCGGAGGUUCUGGUCGAGAGAGAGCUUCAAAGUUCCUGUUGCUCAGAGUACAUGGCGAAACACGAUCAAGUCACAAAUAAACGGAGAUUCAACCCGCACAAGGGGAUCGAUUACUGGAGAGACAUAUAUAGAGGAGAACCCGAGCACUUACUUCAAGCGUGAAUUUAUGAAGGAAGAGCCAUCAACAUGGAAGUCAAUUCUACUUCUCUCCGCCAUCCAAGAUGCUGAUUUUCAGGCAGCUAAACUGUUUAUCGAACUUGGUGCAGAUGUGAAUUACAUUUCUGAAAAGGGAUCCCUGCUGGACGUUGCCGCGCACCAGAGAGACCCACGUUUUGUACAAGUUCUGCUGGAAAAGGGUGCCAAAGGACUACAGACUGAAACGGAAACGGACAGAUCUGCACUGCACACUGCUAUCAACCUCGGGAACUUGGAAACGGCGAAAGUCAUCCUCAACAGUGACCAUGCUCAUGUGAAUAAUUGGUAUCAGGGUAAAACACCUUUGCAUGCAGCCGCCGGUCAGCAAGAUCCACAAUUCGCAUUGCUUUUGUUAUCUAAAGGGGCACAGCCUGAGCUCCUAGAUGGGUGGCAACAGACUGCCCUAGCCAUCGCAGUGACGAACGGAUUCGUCGAGACAGCACAGGCUGUGAUUGAUGGUGGUGCAGAUGUCAACCAGCUGUCGUGGAUGUGGAUUCUCAACACAAGUGAAUGGCGGAACUGCCUGACGAUGGCCGUUUUCCUUGCCGGUGGGGACAACGAGGAGCCGGAAAAGAGGGGCUCGGCAGCUGAAAUGGCUCGCAUGCUGCUUUCGAAAGGGGCAGACCCCAGAUUCCAAGAUGAAGAAGGUAAGACCAUGUUGCACCUGGCAGCCAUGGGUCGCAGUGUGAAAUGCAUUGAACUUUUGAUAACGGCUGGGUCCACCUUUGAGACUCUCGACAAGAGCGGGCAGACUCCAAUCCAUGCCAUGAUGGAAUCCGUAGACCCGAGCUGGGAUGUGGAAGAGGUGGAAGAAGCUCUUCGUCUGUUGCUCCGAGGAUUCUCAGAAGACGCCGUCAUCUCAUUACUGGCCCAGCAGACGUGUCGAUCCAUUGUUUCCGAGUCUUCGAUCGACGGACACAUUCAAUUAGACACGCCAUUGACUAGUGCAUUGAAGCGGAGAGCUUGGAGUAUAGCUCGUCUUUUGAUGGCCUUGGGAGCGCAGCCCCCCACUAGCCCCAGUUUUCGACCUAUUGUGAUGGAUGCGGCCAGAGACCUCGAGUGUCACAUCGUCGAGAGUCUUAUUAGGAGUGGUGUGUCACCAGGUGAUGAUGCUGCUUUGGAAUUGGUGAAAAGCAUCGAUGGCCGACUUCUAGACGAACCUUCUUCUAUACUUUCUUCGCCUAGAAAGGGAAUCUCUCUCGCUAGAAUUACGCGUAUGUCUGAACAGGCAAGAGCAAAGGCAAGACUUCAAAACACAGAACUUCCGCGCAAGGAGAUUGCGCAGGCCUCCCAGCAGAUUCUGACUAGACUUGUGUCGGCCGGGGCGGACGUGAACUUCUAUGACUCAGAAGCAAACACAACUCCUAUUCUUCUCGCAGCUGAGAAGAUUCCGAUUGCUCUGGUUACGGCCACUCUAUUAGAGAUUGGUGCUGAUUGCUUCGGUUCUUUCGGGAAUAAACUUGAUCCAAUUUUGACGGCUGCGGCAGCCAACAACACAGAGUCACUGCGUUGCCUAAUAGCGCAUGCCUCAACCUCGCCAAAACCAGGGCAUUGGACCCAGCAUUUAGAGUAUCAGGGCCAGCUGAGCAACAAAGAGAUUUUCAACUGCAUAUGCCUGGCAUUGAAACGCGCGGAGAGGCUAGACUACAAGUACUCGAAUGGUCAGACAUUGUUGCACCUCGCCGCUGAGAGAGGGAACAUCGAUUUGGUCAUCAGUUUGAUCUACCAUAGUGCUCGUGCAGAUAUACCGGAUGAAGAUGGCUGCUUUCCCAUUCAUUCUGCCGCAUUUUCACUAUACGAUUCGGGUCAUGGUGAUAGACUGCACUGGCCGCGUUAUCAUGAUAUAGUACAGCACCUUCUCCCGGUGAAUAUGUUGCAACAUACUUCCGAUCAUCGUCCCUAUCGCUUUAUUGAGGCUCGAGCCUCCCUCGAAGACGCCGAAAUUUGUCAGCGGAUAUCAAACAAAACGAACGAAAAAGGAAGCACGAUGCUUUGGGGCGCUUUGGAAAAUAAGAACGACACCAUGUUUCUGCAUCUUCUCAAGCUUGAGAAAGAUUUCAACUCUUGUGCCACACUUUCUGGAAAGCAUCCGUCACUUCUUUAUCAUGUAGCUGCUCGUGGGAUGACAGAAGCAGUGUCUUUCUUGCUGGAAUGUGACGUUGAUAUUGAAAAGGCCGACAGCUGUGGAUGGCGUCCACUGCACGUCGCAUCAGAAUGGGAUCAAGUCGCAAUAGUCGAGCGGCUAAUUGCUGCCGGAGCUAACGUCUGCGCUUCCACAAUACAGUAUCACGAGGAUUUCUACACGGGUUCCGAUCUUGACGGGGAAUCAUGGAAUGGUCAUCCUCUCCAUUUGGCCGUAAUCGGGGGUAACGUCGAGACGGUUGAGCUUCUUUUAAAGCACGGUGCAGAUGUGAAUGCAAACACAGGAUGCUUCAAAGGGUCCGAUGGAAGGAUUCGUGGACCGACUGCUCUUCACAUAGCAUUAGAUCCACGGGCAUGGUAUCCUGGCGACGAGGAAGACGAGGAAGACGAUGAAGAUCGUGAAGACUGUGAAGACCGUGAAGACCGUCAUGAAGACUAUUUGAAGAUUGCUAGAAUGCUAGUUAAAAAGGGAGCUUCUGUCGAAGGCGUCUUGGAUCAACUGCAGGUGAAUGACGUUCCAAGUUUUGAGGGUUUUGAAGACGUCUGGAAUAAGAUUCGAGGGGUUUGA